AUGGAAGGAGGAAGCAUCACUCACACUGGGGUGGAAGCAUGCACAAUCCCUGUGGGUGGGCAAGACUUCUGCCAAGAAUCUGAACUCAAGGACCACCAGUGUGGUCGCCCUGGAGUGAAACCCUGGAAAUGCAUGGACUGUGGGGCAGGAUUCCGUUACUUGACUGAGCUGGAAACUCACCGACGGAGUCACACCGGGGAGAGACCGUUCACCUGCACUGAGUGCGGGAAGGGGUUCACUCAGUCGUCCAGUCUGUUAAGGCACUGUCUAAUUCACACCGAGGAGAGGCCUUUUAAAUGCCCAGACUGUGGGAAGUGCUUCAAAAGCUCUGGCAGUCUGACAUCUCAUCAGCGUGUUCACACGGACUGGAAACCCUUUAAGUGCGCGGACUGCGGGAAGUCUUUUAAAAGUUCUGGGGAACUGACACGCCACCAGCGGGUUCACACCGAGGACAGACCUUUUAACUGCCAGGAUUGCGGAAAGAGCUACAAAAGCUCUGGAAAUCUCAUGUCCCAUCAACGUGUUCACACUGAAGAGAGGCCUUUCAAAUGUCCAGACUGCAGGAAGUGUUUUAAGAGUUCGAGGGAUCUGAUGUCCCAUCAACGGGUUCACUCCGAAGAGAGACCGUUUAAAUGCCCGGUCUGCGGGAAGGGCUUCAAAAGUUCUGGGGAGCUGAUACUCCACCAGCGUGUUCACACCGAAGAAAGGCCGUUCCGGUGCUCUCACUGUGGCACUGGGUUCAAGUGGUCAUCGGCACUCACUGAGCACCAGCGAAUUCACACCGGGGAGAGGCCCUUCUCCUGCACGGAGUGUGGGAAUACAUUCACUCGCUUAUCCACCCUGCUAAACCACCAGCGAGUUCAUACCGAGAACAGGCCGUUCAAAUGUCUGGUCUGCGGCAAGUCCUUCAAAAGCCCCACGGAAGUGAUGUCCCAUCAACGUAUCCACACAGACGGGAGACUGUUUGGGUGCUCCAUCUGUGGGACUGAAUUCAGGCAACCGUCUCAACUCACCAAGCACCAGCAUACUCAUUCCGCGGACAAGCUAUUCUGACUUUGGGAAGGAACUCACUCAGUGACCUGCCCUAGAGACACACCAGUGAGUUCACGUUAGGGAGAGAACUUCUGCAACCCCAAAGUAGGGGAGUGCGAUACAAAUCUGUGAUUUAUGAUUUCUGUUUGAUGUGUUCGCACUGGGGAGAGACCAUUCAGGUGCUCUCUCCGCAGGGCUGGGCUCAGCCAAUCAUCUACCCUCACUAUAAAUAUCAGUGAGUUCACACGAUGGGGAGGCUGUUCACUUGCUCUGAGUGUGGGAAGAUUCGCUCAGACACUGAACGGAAACCCUUUAAGUGCACAGAUUGCAGGAAGUCUUUUGUAAGUUCCUGGGAACUGAUACACCACCUUGUGAGAGACCAGCGAGUUCAUUAGCAACUGCAGAAGUUGGAUUUGCUGUUAAUCACAUGCUGGACACACCCAUGUUUCAUUGGGUCUUUUGAUUGAUGUUAGUAAAUUCCAGAACAGUUUAAUGUGUGAACAUUCAGAAUAAAAAUCAUGUGAAUUAGCUUUGCAUUAAA